AUGAGGCAAAGAAGGUGGUUGGAACUAGUAAAGGAUUAUGACUGUGAAAUCUUGUACCACCCGGGGAAAGCAAACGUAGUGGCAGAUGCUUUAAGCAGAAAGGUGGCCCAUUUCGCAGCUCUCAUUACCAGACAGACUCAUUUACGUAGGGAACUGGAGAGGGCAGAGAUUGCAGCAGUCGUGGGGAAGGUCGCGACACAGUUAGCACAGUUGUCGGUGCAACAAAGCUUAAGGCAAAAGAUUAUUGAUGCACAGCGAGACGACCCUUGUUUGGAGAAGAGAGUUCGUAGAGUGGAGUCAGGACAGGAUAUCGAAUUCUCUGUGUCAGCAGAAGGUGGCCUCCUUUAUCAGGGGCAUCUGUGUGUGCCGGUGAUUAGUGACAUUAAGGAUGAGCUGUUGUCAAAGGCUCAUAGUUCCCUAUUCUCUGUCCACCCCGGCAGCACCAAGAUGUACCAGGAUCUGAAACGAUACUAUUAG